UGCCGUCAGCCCGUCACCCCACAGAGUCCCAGCAGCCGGGUCACACCGGGUCAGACCCAUGUGGCUCCAGUCAGUGUCGGGGAGAAGGCGGGACGCGACGGCGAAGGGCGGGGCCGGCGUCUUUACGACAGUGUUUGCGGCAGUAGCGGCGGUGUCACAGGCUGCCGUACGUGAGAGAGACCGGCUGCUGCUGCUGCGGACUGAGCGGUCCCUCUCCCCGGGCACAGCGCCACAUGCCCCCGGCUCACGAUGGACUAUGACUUCAAGGUGAAGCUGACGGGGGAACGGGAGCGGGUGGAGGACCUAUUCGAGUACGAGGGCUGCAAAGUUGGACGAGGCACUUACGGUCAUGUGUUCAAAGCCAAGAGGAAAGAUGGGAAAGAUGACCGAGAUUAUGCACUGAAACAAAUAGAAGGUACUGGAAUCUCUAUGUCCGCAUGUAGAGAAAUUGCACUUCUACGGGAGCUGAAACAUCCAAAUGUCAUCUCUCUACAAAAAGUCUUUCUUUCUCAUGCGGACAGGAAGGUCUAUCUUCUGUUUGAUUUUGCAGAGCAUGAUUUAUGGCACAUAAUCAAAUUUCACAGAGCUUCUAAAGCCAACAAGAAACCAGUGCAGUUACCUCGAGGAAUGGUGAAGUCACUUCUGUAUCAGAUUCUAGAUGGCAUUCACUACUUGCAUGCCAACUGGGUGUUGCAUAGAGAUUUGAAACCUGCUAAUAUUUUAGUCAUGGGUGAAGGUCCGGAGCGAGGACGAGUAAAAAUAGCGGACAUGGGGUUCGCUCGAUUAUUUAAUUCACCUUUAAAGCCUUUAGCCGAUUUAGAUCCUGUAGUUGUUACAUUCUGGUAUCGAGCUCCAGAGCUGCUCCUGGGGGCCAGGCACUAUACCAAAGCUAUUGAUAUUUGGGCUAUAGGAUGUAUAUUUGCAGAGCUUCUAACGUCAGAGCCAAUUUUUCAUUGUCGGCAAGAAGACAUAAAGACUAGUAAUCCUUAUCACCAUGACCAGUUGGAUAGAAUAUUUAAUGUCAUGGGGUUUCCUGCAGAUAAAGACUGGGAGGACAUUAAGAAGAUGCCUGAACACUCCACAUUAAUGAAGGAUUUUCGCAGAAAUACAUAUACCAACUGCAGCCUUAUCAAAUAUAUGGAAAAGCAUAAAGUAAAACCAGACAGCAAAACAUUCCACUUGCUUCAGAAAUUGCUCACAAUGGACCCAAUUAAGAGAAUAUCCUCUGAGCAAGCUAUGCAGGAUCCCUAUUUCCUAGAAGACCCACUUCCUACGUCAGAUGUGUUUGCUGGCUGCCAGAUUCCAUACCCCAAGCGAGAGUUCCUCACAGAAGAGGAACCUGAUGAUAAGGGAGACAAAAAAAACCAACAGCAGCAGCAAGGCAAUAAUCAUACUAAUGGGACCGGGCAUCCAGGAAACCAAGAUAACAGCCACGCACAAGGGCCACCACUGAAAAAAGUGAGAGUUGUCCCCCCUACCACUACCUCAGGUGGACUCAUCAUGACCUCAGACUAUCAGCGUUCCAAUCCACAUGCUGCCUAUCCAAAUCCUGGACCAAGCACAUCACAACCUCAGAGCAGCAUGGGAUAUUCGACUACCUCCCAGCAGCCUCCACAAUACUCCCAUCAAACACAUCGGUACUGAAGCGUACCUGGAGUUGAGGAAACGUCAAUGCACUGUUGCUUAUGCUGCAGGACUGAGCUUUGUAGCCUCCUGGCUGGAGCCUGGUUUUGGAAUGUACUGUACAACCACACCAUGAAAAUGUCCAAAAGCCAAGUUACACAACAUUUCACCGAAUGUAGAUCCCACAUGGAGGUUCGACUCGAGAGAGCGAGAGUGCAAAUCCUAGCACAGUCCAUAUUGUGAAUUUGCUACUUCCAUAGUAUAACUUGAAAAUUGUUGAAAUCGACCAAUGCAUUUCUUUCGGUGACGCUAGCAGUUGAAACUGUGAAGUAUGCUUGGAAUAAACCGUUUUUCGUUAUCUUAUGUGCAAACUUCUUAACACGAAUAUUAUCUGACCAAUAACGUUAAAAAAAAAAAACUUUUUUUUUGUGCUUUAUUAGGGUAUGAUUUACUAUCGCACAAAGCUGGAAGAAACGUAUCCUGAAAAUUUUGGUAGUUAUAUUAUUUUAAUUUUUCCCCCCUAUUUUUAUGGUUUUUGUGAUGAUUUAAAUCAUCACAGCGAUCAGUGUUUUUUGACCAGCAAAUUUGUUAUGUUUUGCCCCGUUAUUUAUUUAUUUUUUGUUCGAUGAGAGCCUCCCAAAGAUUAUAUUUCAACAUGAAUUUUGAAUAACUUUUUAACUUGACUGGUAUUAAAGCUGCUAUAUAAUAGUAAAUGUGUCUAAAACUGAUUUGAAUCCGUUUGCUCCAGCAAACAAGUAAAAUUGAUGGUCAUAGUUAUUUCCUAUUUGUGUUGCUGAAUCGUGAGCAUGCUAUGGAGUUUUACAAAGCAAAAAAUAAAACCAGGGAGCAUGAAAGUUGCUCCUGGUCAGACUUUACGCCUCUGUGCAGAUUGUUUUUAUGCUGGCGUGGUGUAGUGGAUUUCAAAUCAGUUCCUGUUUUUAUUUGGUUGGCACCUUAUUUUAGGGUGAGUCCCUGUUACAGCAGAGGAUAUGGGUAGGAAAGCCUUAGAAUUUACAAUGGAAAACAAACUGUAACAUACAAUGUACUGUAUCAAACUAUUUUACAUGAAUGACAAGUAUUCUGAUUAAAAAAAAAAAAAUUCAACAUUGUUAAAACAAGGUGUUAAGUAAUAAAUUUAUUUUUCAUAAAACAAAA